UGUAAACUCCGAAAUCUGUUAUAAGAGCGCAGCUAUGGAAGGUAAUAUCAUCAAACAACCACCCUUCAACCACCCCUUCAGAAUCAUCCUAUCAUCUACUUAAAGAUAUGAGAGCUUCGUGGAUCAUCAUCUCUGCGCUCUGCGCCAAAGCCUAUUCUUACGAAUUUGAACAUGGCGUAGCCUCUGAUCAGCAGGCUAUUGGCUCAUUUGACGAUGUUAGGAGCACGUAUCAAUGCAACAACGGUGCUACACCUUCUCUCGAGUGUGUUGACUCAUCAACACAACCCACUUGCUCUUGUACAUGUACAAACGGUAUCACCUUCAAUCGGAACCUGACUAUGGAUGCUCCGUCUACCCCAUCCGGCCCCCCUAUCGACAACUGUGACGCAAUCAAAGCCGAUUGCGACGAACGCAACCUUCAAUUACAACAGGAAAUGGCAGAUAUCGAACAGAAGAACGUCGACGCGAAGAAGGAGCUGUUAGCAUGUGGAAAAGAUCUCGCUAAAGCUCUGAAACCAAAGUCCUUCAAAUACGAUGGCUGCUAUACUGCUACAUCACGAUCGCUAACUGGGUUGCAAAUCAUAGAUGAGUGGUUGGCACCUUGGAGAUGUGGAAUAAUCUGCAGUGACUUCUCUUACUAUGGAGUGAAGGGUGGGAACAUUUGUUGGUGUGGAAAUGACGUGCUAAAUUCACCGAAAAAGGUUGCCGAUUCGCAGUGCAAUAAAGCAUGCGUAGGUAACAAGCAGUCAAUGUGUGGAGGCGCAGAUAAGGUUUCUAUUUAUGCUAGGGAAGAUUAAGAGAUUCACAGAGAUGGCAUAAGAGUGGUUGAGUGGUUCGGAGAAUAGGACAGAAGGCUAGGUAACGGGUAGUGGGCGUAGUCAAUGGUGGUUUGGGGAGAAUGACAAGAGGUUAGGUAGUAGAUAGUACGUAGGAUUCAUACAUAUCAUGUCACUCUUUUAUACCAACGACGAUAGUCUGUUCAUUUAAAUUCAUUGAAAACCAUAGAGG